GCUGGCUGCGUGAUUGUAGUCUACACUAUUGACUCACUUUAAAACUAUUUAGGAUCAGAUUAUGAAAUGAAACCGUGUAGUAGCCUAUAAAAUCUUCAGUGGGAGGAAAAAGAAAGUUUUUCUGACAAAAGUAACCAAUUUGCAAUUAAAUGAGAGGCCUGUUGAGUUUGUGGAAAGUUACUGGUUAGAUGGCUGAGCCAGUCAUGGAGAACCCUCUGCUGGCUGGAGGACAGCCUCAGUUUACCAAAAUGGUGUCAGACUUACAAGGAUGUAUUCAAGAGAUGAAGAGAGAAUUUGUCGAGUCACAGGUCCCAAUCAAUGAUGACAACCAGAUGCUUCAUCGCUUCACUGCAAAACUGGAAUACCUAUUACAGGCUGGACAGAAAGUGCGCACUGGCUUACUGGGAGGUAAAAAAGAUUACUGGGACUAUAUUGUGGAGUGUCUAUCAGCAACUAAAGGACAGCGUGAAGGCAUCAAGUUUGUCAAGUCAAAUGGAGAGUUGAAGACAUCACUAGGUCGAGGGAGAGGCCUGAUUAGAUUUGCCCUGGUGCACCAGAGGCUAGCCGACACCUUACAGCAGUGUAUUAUGAAUGGAAGAGUAACAAGUGAAUGGUUCCACCCAAAAUCUGUAUGGCUGAACCACGCUGUCUCUUCAUCCAUCAUUAACGCUCUCUAUGACCUCAAUGAUAUUCAGUUUGACCUUUCAUCCCAGGGUUAUGACCUUGAUGCGGCUUGGCCUACAUUUGCAAGGAAAACCUUUGGUUCCCCUACCCCCAACUGGCCCGUGAGCAGAAGUAGGACAAGUAGUAUCAGUAGUCUACAGAGUGUGGACCAGUCACCAAUGAAGGCAGAGAGUAUAGCUGAGACUGAGCUUCAGAGGCUAAGGAGAGAGCUUACUCAGUCUGAGGCACUAAUUAACGAGAUGAAAUUAAAGGUAUCAGAAGCAGAGAAAGACAAUGAGAUGUCUGGUAGGCUCAUGUCACAGACUGAACAGCAGCUCAACACAACAAGGCAGAAGUGCAACGAAUAUGAAGUCAUGUGUGAUAAACUAAACAAUGAGCUAAAACUGAAGGAAGAAUCGUGGAAAGAAAGAGAAGAUAAUAUGUCCACCAAACUCUCUGAGAAAUCUCAGCAGAUUGAGAAUAUCAAGGCUCAACUAGAUGAGACAAAUACACUCCUCAAGGAACAAACUGAAGCACUCCAGAAUAAGGAGAGUGAGACAAAAACUAAAAUUGAACAUACAGAGAGACUCAACUCAGAAUUACUGUUAAAAAUGAAAAGUUACUCACAGAAAAUGGAACACCAAGUAACACUCAGUGAUAAAAAAGGUGAAGUGAUCAAUUCAUUAGAGCAAAAAUUAGUCACAUUAGAGAAGAAAAAUUCAGAAUUGAUGGGCAAAAUUGAGAUUAUGGUAAAGGAAAAAGGAUCGGAAGCAUCUAAUCACCUUGAUUCAGCCAACAGGGCACAUGAGUUGUUGCAGAAACUAACAGAAACAGAACAGUUGAACAUAGACUUACGUGGUCAAAAUGAGGAUCAUAUAAGAAAAUUGAAUGUUUCUAAUGAAAAAUAUGACAAACUGAGUAAAUCUUCAAAUGAAAAAAUUACUACUUUAGAGACAGCCCAGCAUAAACUUGAAGCUUCAGUUUCGGAUCUUGAAGAUGUUAAUAAGGACAAUUUGAGACACAUUGGUGAAUUAACAAAUACAAUAACAAACUAUGAAUCAAUGAAAGUUACAAUGGAACAGAAAAUUGAAGUAUUACACAGUGAAAAGGCAGAAUUUGAAAGUGUAUCUGCAAAGCUAUCUAAUGAUUUAGCUGAUCUUCAACAAGAAUAUAGUCAAAUGCAUGAAGUUAAGGAUACUGUGACAAAUGAACUUCAUGAAUCUGAACAAAUCAACCAAGAAAUCAAACAGAAGAUUGAACAAUUAACACACGAGUUGAAUGAGCGUGAAAAGUCAGUUGAACGUGACAAAGGUGAAUAUAGUGACCAGAUUAGCACCAUGGAGGCCAAAUUAUCCAGUCUCGAUGAAACAAUUGCUAAAAGGACUAAAGAAAAUGAAAUAUUGAUAUCAGAAAAAGAUAAAUUGAUGGGUGAACAUCAGGAAAGUGUUCUUGCCAAUCAGGAAAGUUUACAUAAGAUCUGUACUCUUGAGGAAUCCCUGGCUAGCAAGGAAGUGACAAUUGGUAUGUUAGAACAGCAACUGAGUGGACUCAAGGGUACAUUAGAAAGUAUGGAGAGUGGAGCUGAUGAUAUUGACUCAGGAGAGCUUAAUGGAGUAGAAACAAAUGGUAAUAUGGGUGAUCGGUUGAAACAUAUUGUGGCUGAUAGGAAGUUGUUACGUGGUCAACUUACAGCAAUGGAGACCCAGAAUUCAACUCUCUCACUACAAAUUCAACAAUUGGAGAAAAAGAUAACUUCAAUGGUAGAUGAAUCUAAUGAGAUGUUGAAGGAGUAUACCAAAUUAAAAGGAGUGGUAGAAACUAUGCAGUCCUCUGAGAGCAAACUAAAUGUGAAGCUCACAGAGAUGGAGUCACUGAUCGAGUCUAAAGAUGAGAGCCUUGUCCAAUGUGAGAGCCAGAAAGUGCAGUAUCAAAAUGAGCUGGAGCAAUAUAGGACACAACUGGAGGAGUCCAAGAAGACCAUUGACUCUCUGGGUGAUUCAAAGAAGCGUUUGAUUGAGGAGAAUGAGUUAACACAGACAAUGCUAUCAGAGGCCACCACCUCCAACCAGGACCUACAAGGCAAAAUGGCUGCUACAAUAGAAGAGCACAAUACAACUGUGAAACAAAUACAAAAGCAGCACCAAGAAGUCCUAGCAGAAAAACAGUGCAAGUUUGAAGAGCUGGAAAAGAAAAAUAACACUGAAAAUGAGAUUUUAAAAACUUCUAUCCAAACUCUUGAGAAACAAGUCAGUGAUAAAGUGAAAAUGAUUAGUGGACUUGAAAUCGAGUUGAAUGAGAAGAGUGAAGCUUUUACUGAACUGCAGAAGGAAAUUGGGAAUUUAUCGAAUGAGUCUGGCAAUAUUAAUGAAAUGUGCAAUAAACUGAAACUUGAAACAGAGAGUCUAAAUGAGACAAUAAAAAAACAAAAUGAAGAAAACACAGAACUCUCUUCAAAGUAUACUGAUGUAUCUCAGCAGUUACAGGAAACAUGUGCCAAGGCAAACCUUAUUGAAUCUGAGAGACAGAAAAGUGAAAGCCACAACCAAACAACAAUUAAUGAGUUACAAAAAGAAUCAGAGGCAAUGAAGUCAAAACUCUCGGGGAUGGAAACAAUCAAAACUGAACUUGAAAAUAAAAUUAUAAACCUUCAAGACAAUGUUGAUACCAUGGGAGAAACUAAAAACACAAUGCAAUCUAGAAUAUUAGAAAUUGAAAAUGAAAACAAAGAACUUAUUUCAAACAGAGAAGCCUUAGAUCAGGAUAUUGAAGAUCUCAGAAAUGCAAACUCUGAGCUUGAAAAUAAUGUAACUAACUUGAAUACUCUCAUAAAAGACAGCAAUGAUGAAAAUGACAAACUGAAAUCUGAUCUCAAUGAUAAAUGUGGUGAAAUAUCCGAGCUCAAUGAGGAACUUUUAACUGCCAAAGACAAUUGUAAUAAAUUGAAACUAGAAAUUUCAGAAAUGAAUGCUACUCAACAAAACUGCAGUAUCGAGUUAUCUGAGAAAGAAAUAUCAUUUGAGAAACAGCAAAAUGAUCUCCAAAAUGAAAUCAAACAAUUGUCUGAAAAAAUCACUGAAUCUGAAAUGGGAUUAGAGGAGAAAAGUAAAUUAAUUGUAAGUCUUGAGGGUGAAAAGUGUUCUCUGCUAGAGUCCGUAAAAACUCUCGAGCAGAAAAUUUUGGACCAGCAAACAGAGAUGUCAUCACAGGCGAAUGACCUACAGAAUGUAAGAGAAGAAUUGAAAUCAGCAAAGAAUCUAACAGAACAAGAAAUUAAAGGACUGAAGUUCCAGCUGAGCUCUGAGAAGAUGCAAUAUGAAACAGCCUUGAAGGGUUACCUGGAGCAGAAUGUGGAUAUCAGUAGUAUGAAUGAGAAGAUGACAGACCAAGAGCAAAUCAUUGAGACUCUUGAAAUGGAGUUGGAAGAGAUCAGGACUGAAAGGUCUCUGGAACAAGAUAGACAGUGGAGAGAGCUGGAAGAUCUUAGGAGUCUUGUCUCCUCAAGAGAUGAGGAAUGCAGGAUGCUGAACGAAGAGCUAAGAAGGAUUAACACAAUAUUAGAUGAGGAGAGAAACUUGGUAUUGAAAUACAAGAAUGAACUAACUAGUGCCAUGAAAGAGAAUGAGGCAGAGAAGACAACCAUGAGAUCCGACAUGGUAGAAAUGCAGAAAAAAUUGGUCAAGUUACUGAGGGAGAAAGACAAUCUUUGGCAAAAGACUGACAAGUUGGAGUACAUGCAGAAGGUAAAGGCCAGUGAUAAAUGGAUGGAUGACAAAGAAGUUCCAAGUUGCAUGAACUGCAACUCAGAUUUCUCUCUCAUGCUAAGAAGGCAUCAUUGCAGAAUGUGUGGCCGUAUAUUCUGUUACAACUGUUCAAACAACUGGACCCUCACUCCACAGAGCAGCAAGAAGAUCCGAGUGUGCAAUGAUUGCUUUAUGAGCCACAGUGAGCUGAGGGAAGAGAAGGCUCCCAAAGAUGGGGAAGAGGGUGAGGAGGCAGAGGGUGAAUUUGAACAAUCCAUCCAAUUACCACACAAACGUAGUCCAAGUUGGAAAGCACCUGAUGGUCAAUCUGACCAUUCAUCCUCACUCACUGCUGAAAGCACCACAAGCACAGAGGAGCUUGAAGCCAGUGUAGGAGAGGAUGCCUCAAUUAUUGACACUGAAACACCAGCUCCAGAGAAUUCUGUUAACAUCCCCAUUAAUGAAGGAGGAGGAAGUUCCCAUGAUGACACAUUUGAAUGCAUCACCGAGGAAGAAAUAUCCCGCUCAUUGUCUGAAUCUGAAUUUAUCAGGUCUUCUGAUUCGACUUAUAAUCCGUCCCAUUUGCAAUUGAGUCACUCUGACCUGGAGAGGCGCAAUAAUACUGAGAGAAAUAGUGAUGUGCCACCUGGGGACAGUUUCACAGUCUCUGUGGAGAUCAAAGCUGGAAUGGCACUUAGUUGGCACUUUACCACUGAGCCAAAGAGCGUCUCAUUCAGUGUCACAUUUGAAGACUGUAAGGAGGGUGCCUCUUUGAGUACAUUGAUCCCUGCAUGUAAGGUGAACUCCCACAAGGAGCCAGUGCAGGGUGAACUUACUGCGAGACAGACAGGAACAUACUCACUUGUCUUUAGUAACACAUCGAGAACUACUAACAAAAGGGAUGGAGAUUACUUAUAUCAGGAUAUGGAUCACAUAGGAGAUCUAGAGUUGGCAGAUAACAGUAAAGAUAUGAUUGGACCAUACAUAUUGGACACUGAAUGGACCAUAGACAUUGGACUCUGA